UGUGCGUGUAAAGUGAGCGGAGUAUUUGGUCGCGCUGCCUACAUUUAACAUCAAUUUAAAAUAAGCUAGUUGCGGCCAAUUUGUUUCGAGUUGAAUUUUAGCCACUGUGAGGAUCGGUACAACACUAACUAGCACUUAGUGCGCGCGUUAUUUUUUCAAUUUCUGCGGUUUAAUUUCGGUCAUUGACAGUUUUCAUUCACUUUUCGUGAGCGUUUCUAGUGUACCCAUAAAGGCAAAAAGUAACGACCGUUGUCAGUUAACAACUACCAUCGCCCCGCCCGCGACAACAAACGCCAACAAUAAUUUGUGUGCAUCCUAUUAAUUCAAUCGGAGCAAUUGUCAGCUUUAUAUCCGUUGUGUGUUGAUUACUUAAAGUUUGGCAACUGAGGAAUAAAUACUAAAGGCUAUAAAAAUCUACAAAUAAAAAGAAAAACAAAGCGCACAUCAAAAUGGCUGUUAUACUACAUGAAGUUUACGACUGGUACAGAGAUCUCAUGGACAAUCGAAGUGAUCCACGUGUCAAAGACUGGCCCAUGAUGUCAUCGCCAUUCCCCACCUUAGUAGUCUGCGUAUUCUAUGCCUACUUCAGCAAAUCGCUUGCGCCGCGCCUGAUGGCGAAGCGAAAAGCAUUGGAUCUGCGCAAAAUACUCGUCUACUAUAAUCUAUUUCAGACAAUAUUCAGCGCGUGGAUUUUCUAUGAGUACUUAAGAAGCGGCUGGUGGGGUAAUUACAGUUUCAAAUGUCAGCCCGUUGAUUACUCCAAUAAUCCAUUGGCAUUGCGCAUGGCACGUACUUGUUGGUGGUAUUACAUUUCAAAAUUCACAGAGUUCUUUGAUACGCUAUUCUUCAUAUUGCGCAAGAAAAAUGAACACGUAUCAACGUUGCAUGUCAUCCAUCAUGGCUGCAUGCCCUUCUCCGUAUGGAUGGGCAUGAAAUUCACGCCAGGCGGUCACAGCACAUUCUUCGCGCUGCUCAACACCUUCGUGCACAUUGUUAUGUACUUCUACUAUAUGAUCGCCGCAAUGGGUCCCAAAUACCAGAAAUUCAUCUGGUGGAAGAAAUACCUAACCACCUUCCAAAUGGUACAAUUUGUCGCCAUUUUCACCCAUCAGUUCCAGUUGCUCUUCAGAGAGUGCGAUUAUCCAAAAGGCUUUAUGGUUUGGAUUGGUCUGCACGGCAUUAUGUUCCUGUUUCUAUUCUCUGACUUUUAUAAAGCCAAGUACACAAAUGCACGCGCCCGUAGCGCGGCGGUGAAAGCCAACAACACAAAUGGUUAUACCAAAUUACCUGCGUCGAAUGGCAAAUGCAUCCCUGUCAGUAAUGGUGAUUUGUCCAAUCAUUUGGUAGCGUCCAACAACAAUAAGGGUGCUUGCAUGCCCGUUAUGGACGAGGAAGCUGAGAGCAUCAAGCCCAAUCAUCACUUCACCAAUGGCUAUAAGAAUGGCUACGCUAACGGCCACGCCUUCAAAGAGGGCGAUGGUGUGCUAUCCACAAACGAUGCUAUACUCAAUCCAGACAGCAGUAGCUCUAGUCUACACCAGCGAAAAGUCAAAUAAAGCAUAAAGUGUAACAAAAGCAAGCAGAAAUAACCAGCAAAGAAUAGUUAGGACUUAAGUAUAUAUAUAUAUAUUAAUAACAAAAAAAAACAAAAAAAAAAAA